AUGGGCCCGGCUCUUAGGAAAAAGGCUGGCUGGCCUUUCCCGUCGGCAGAGGAACGCGCUUCCCCGCAGCUCCUGGGGACCGAGGUCCUGGGGGGGCUCAGCGCUCACCAGCACACACUGCCGGGUCCCCCCACCUGGCCGCGGCUGAGCCGCGCCGUGCCCCUGGGCUGGCUGCUGGGGGCUUUGCACGGCCCGAGCGCCCGAAGCGCGGCCCUCGGGCCCGGCGGCUGCGGCCCCAGCGAGCGGGACCCUGAGCGCUCCCGCUGCGGGGCGAGACGGUCAGGAACGAGAGCCCAGAAAAGCAGCAAGAGCGGCGGCUCGCUAACGAAACAGGCGACAGCACCCACGCUGCGACCGCCGUCAGCGGGGCUGCGGUGCCCGACGGCCGGAGACGGACGCUGGGGGCGGGGCCCAGGUGCGGGGCCCAGGGCACCUGUCGCCGGGCAGGAGGAGGCAGGCAGGAGCAGCCCGGGAACGCACCGGGUCUUGUCCGUGGACGCAACGCUUGCCCCGAGAGACCCCCAAGCUCCCGGCCAGUUUGGGCACCCUGUUGCAGUCCCUGACGAUAAACAAGAAGAAGCAAAGAGUAGAUGGAAAGAAGGAAACUUUAAUGUCUACCUCAGCGAUCUGAUCCCCAUAGACCGAGCCAUAGCGGACACCAGGCCUGCCGGGUGCUCCGAGCAGCGGGUUCACGACGACCUCCCGACCACCACCAUCAUCAUGUGCUUCGUGGAUGAAGUGUGGUCCACCCUCCUCCGCUCUGUUCACAGCGUCCUCAGCAGAUCUCCUCCGCACCUGAUUGAAGAAGUCAUUUUGGUGGACGACUUCAGCACUAAAGAGUACCUCAAGGAGAAACUGGACAAAUACAUGUCGCAGUUCCCGAAAGUGAAGAUCCUCCAUCUCAAGGAGAGGCACGGGCUAAUACGGGCCAGACUGGCGGGAGCAGAGAUCGCCAAAGGCGCCGUCCUGACGUUCCUGGACUCGCACGUGGAGUGCAACGUGGGGUGGCUGGAGCCGCUGCUGGAGAGGGUCCGCCUGAGCCGGACCAAGGUUGCCUGCCCCGUCAUCGAGGUCAUCAGCGACAAGGACAUGAGUUACAUGACCGUGGACAACUUUCAGCGUGGGAUUUUCACUUGGCCAAUGAAUUUUGGAUGGAAGCAGAUUCCACAAGAGGUCAUCGAGAAAAAUAAAAUCAAGGAAACUGAUAUAAUAAGGUGCCCGGUCAUGGCGGGUGGCCUGUUUUCCAUCGAUAAGAAGUAUUUCUUUGAGCUGGGAAUGUACGACCCAGGACUGGAUGUCUGGGGAGGUGAAAAUAUGGAGCUAUCAUUCAAGGUCUGGAUGUGCGGGGGAGAGAUCGAGAUUGUUCCGUGCUCCAGAGUUGGGCACAUUUUCAGGAACGACAAUCCUUAUUCCUUCCCGAAAGAUCGGGUGAGGACGGUGGAGAGGAACUUGGCCCGCGUUGCGGAGGUCUGGCUGGAUGAGUACAAGGAGUUAUUCUACGGCCACGCUUACCACUUGGUUUUGAAAAACCUGGACGUCGGCGACCUGACUCAACAAAUCCAACUGCGAAAGAAGCUUCAGUGCCAAAGCUUCAGGUGGUACCUGGAGAACGUCUACCCGGACCUGGAAGCUCCUCUGGUGAAAGCCAGCGGGCUGCUUGUUAACGUAGCCAUGGCAAGAUGCGUCACUGUGGAAAACGCUACUCUAGCUUUUGAGGCGUGCGAUGUUAACAACAAGAACCAAAAGUUCAACUACACCUGGCUGAGGCUGAUCCAGCACGGAGAGCUCUGCGUCGCCCCGGCCGGCACUACGGGAGCGCUGGGCCUGCGCCGCUGCGAGGGCAGGAGCCGCAGCCUGACCUGGCUGCACAGGUCGCUGGCCGCCUUCCAGCCGGAGCUGACGGACCACAUCGUCUCGGAGCACCUCCAGCAGCCGGUGUGCUUGGAAGUGGAUCCUGCUCACAAAGCCCUGAGGGUAAAUGCCUGUGACUCCGCAAAUCCUUAUCAAAAGUGGCAGUUUGGCAAUUACUAUGCAGACUGA